AUGGCAAAUAAGAAGAAGAAGGAGGAGGAUCUCAAAGCGGUUGUUGCAGAAUACAAAGUCUCCAUGCACUGCAAUGCAUGUGAAAGAACCGUGGCCAAAAUCAUAUCAAUGUUCAAAGGGGUGGAGACCUUCAGAACAGAUAUGAACAAACACAAGGUGGUGGUAACAGGCAGAAUCGAUCCACAGAAACUAUUGAAGAAACUAAAAAAGAAGACAAGGAAGAAAGUAGAGAUUGUAGCCAGCAAAAAGGAAGAAGAAGGAUCAAAAGAUCAUACGUCUCGUACAGAAGAAAUUAACGUAGCCUCAGAGUCAUUUCCACAACAAUACCCUCCAAUAUUCUUUGAUUGUUGUAAAAAUAAUGAUUUGUUGAUGGCUUUUAGUGAUGAGAAUCCAAACGCAUGUUCAAUCAUGUAG